AUGAAGCUUUGUAUUGUCGCCCUUGUCGUUGUUCUUUUUUCAGUAUCAUCUUAUGCUGCCAAACCUCUAUUACUCGGUUCACUUUGUUUAAAUAGAGUGAACUGUUUUGUUAACCCAUGUCAAUUCUCACGAUGUGCUGCACAUCCUCAAGCUUCAUGUGUUGCAAACUAUUGUGGUGGUUGCUUUGCACACCACUAUUUAGAUGGCAAACGAGUUGAUUGCUCAGAUACAGUAUCUGAAGAACCAGUUGAAGCUCCAGAAAGCAAAUGUAUUACGGUGAACUGUUUUGUGGAUCCAUGUGGCUUUGCUAAAUGUGGUAAAAAUCCAAGGGCUGUGUGCCGAGCAAACUAUUGUGGUGGUUGUAAUGCUUGGUUUUACGAAAAUAACCAACGUGUUCAAUGCGACUAA